UUCACGACAGAAGCACUACAAAAAGGAUUAUGGUUUAUGUAUGAAAUAAGAACGACAUUUAAAAAGAAAAUUUCUUUUUUUUUAGAAACAAGACUGUUUGUUUUUUGAUUAAAGCUAAAUUUAGUGUAGUUUAUAUUAAUUACGACAAUUUCUAUUAAAAAAUAGCAUUUUUUAUCAAAUUAUUAUUUUGCUCAAUUAAUUCUCAUGAGCGAAUUAGCCGUGAAAUGUAUGAAUGUCGAGCUUCCUACUGAUAUAACAUUAGAUGAAAGAAAUCUAAAUGAUUUAGAAAUGUUUUUUUUAGGAGCCUUCAAUCCAUUACAAGGAUACAAUACAUUUCAAAAUUUUAUUUCUAUAGUUAACCAUUGUUGUUUAGAGGAUGGUACAAUCUGGCCAAUUCCAUUCGUACUACCAGUACCAAAGUGUCGUUUAAUCAAAAACACGAAUAGCGUCUCAACAUUUUCAAAUAUAUUUUUAAAUGUUCGGGAUGUUCUAGGCACAAUAGUCGCUCGUGUUUCGGUUAUCGAUUGUUAUAAGGCUAAUAUUGAUGUUUACGGACAGAGGCUUCUAGAAACAUCAGAUACCAAUCAUCCAUUUAUGGAUUACCUUCAUAACAACCACCGUGAUGUUGUGUAUGUUGGAGGCACCAUAACCCCAAUAUGUCCAAUCAAACAUUUUGAUUUUAUACAAUAUAGACAAAAUACAAAGCAAGUUCAGGAUAUGAUACGCCACGAUGGUUGGGAUGCUGUAAUCGGCUUCCAAACAAGAAAUCCAAUGCAUAAAUCUCAUUUUGAAUUAACACGACAAGCUGUUGUUCAAGUCCAAAAAGAACUUAAAACAUCUAAUCCAGCCUUAGCUCGUGUCUUACUUUUACUUACUCCUUCUUGUGGAGUGACACAACCUGGCGACAUUGAUAGCGCGACCCGUAUUCGAUGCUAUCAAAAAAUUUUACCUUAUUAUAAAGAUUUGUACGACAUAGAUGUAAAACUUGUUGUGUUACCUCUCAGCAUGCGUAUGGCAGGGCCUAAAGAAGCACUUUGGCAUGCUUUAAUACGUCAGAAUUUCGGUUGUACGCAUUUUAUUAUAGGUAGAGAUCACGCUGGUCCAUCAUGUCUAAGUAAAAAUGGACAAUCUUUCUAUGAACCUUACGCUGCCCAUACACUGUUAAAAAAAAAUGCAAAUAAACUGAAAGUUAUUCCUAUCUUAUCUAUGAAUAUGGUAUAUGUUCUAGACGAAAAACAAUAUAUUCAAGAAAAUCUUUUACCACCCAAUGCUACAUAUGAACAAUUGUCGGGAACGAAAUUUCGCGCAGCUUUACAAAAUCGUGAACAACUUCCUGAAUGGUUUUCUUUUCCCACUGUUAUAGAUGAACUUAAAAAAGUGUAUCAUCCACGUCAUCAACAAGGUUUUUGUAUUUAUUUUACGGGACUUCCUUGUUCUGGAAAGUCUACAUUAGCUAAAGCAGUGUCUGCUCGCCUUGAAGAGCGACAAUUUGAAAACCGUCAUGUUUCCAUUCUUGACGCUGACAUUGUUCGUUUACAUUUGUCACGAGGAUUAGGUUACUCAAAGCAAGACAGAUCUGUGAAUGUUCAGCGCAUUGGUUAUGUAGCUUCUCUCAUCACAUACCAUUACGGAAUAGUGCUUGUUGCUAACAUAGCACCUUAUGAAGCUGAUAGAUUAUGCAACAGACGACUCAUCACGAAUGCUGGUGGGGGAUAUAUAGAAGUUUACGUGUCAACACCGCUUUCUAUAUGUCAAAGUCGUGAUGUCAAACAACAUUAUAAAAACGCUCGUUUAGGAGUAUUGAAACAAUUCACAGGCGUCGACGAUCCUUACGAAGUACCACAGUUUCCCGAGCUUACUGUAGAUUGCACAACGGAUAUUACCGGCCAAAUUGAUAUUAUAUUAGAUUACUUAAUCAGAGAAAAAUGGAUUUGCUAACAUACACACUAC